UUUGUGUACAUAUGAAAUUUCAAUCAAAUCACUCUAAUCCAAAUAAAAGAAGCAGGUUUAGAGAAGGGUCUUUAUUGAGAAUAAGCUCUGGAUAACACAGGCUUUCUUGCAACCCUAUUUGGGUUCCACUGUGAAUUAAAGUCCUAUUUGGUUCUGUUAUCCUGUUUCUCUGCUGAGUUCUGGCUGUUUAAUUAAAGUUUUAGUACAAUCAAGAGCCCUGAUAAAUGAGUUGUCUCUGUGUGUAAGAUGAUCACUACCUACUGUCUAAUUGGAAGCCCAAGACUUAUCUUAGUAAUAAGAGAAACAUGCAGUCACAUUUUAGAGCCAAUAGCACAUUAUUUUUAAAAUCUAAAUCAAUAUGGGACAUCAAGUCUUUCUGUAGUCUUAAGAAGAGCUGGACCAAGAUACAUGGGCACCUGGAAGAGCCUAAUUACUUGGGGCUACUUCAAACCAUGUUGGAGAAGGGGGGAUCAAUCUUUGUUCAUAAAAAGCUUAUUCAGGAAGAAUUCAAGUUUGUUUUAUCUUCUGAAGCAGAAUCAAUGCCUGAAAAAACAGUGGGCAAGAUAUAUUCAACUUUUCUGCAGUCUUCUUUUCAGUUGUCUGCUGUGAUUUUUUUUUUGACUCAAGAGGCAUUUUCCAGUUGAUAGAAAAUGUAAAGUGAAAUGCAUUCCACCUUCUCCUCCCCCACUCUUCCUUUUCCAAAGGCAAUGAAUGUGAACAGUUCGUCCACAUCCUUUGAGGCAUGUGAAAGUGUUAAUGUGAGUCCCUUCCUAGUCUAAGCUAUUAUGUGAAAAGGGUUCAAAAAGCAAUUAAGUUACUUCCUGCUUUCCAUAAGAUAUGCGAAUAUCCAUAUUACUGUUUCAGAAUGUCCUUGGCUUCCUCAUUUUAGGUGCAGCUCAGGCUCUCUAAGCCUCUCGGGACACAGCCAUUGUUGCUUUCCUCCACCUUCUUUUGCUGUGGCAUUGAAGGGUGUUGAAAUGGAGACAGACUGCCUAGCUCUUCAUUGUAGCACUACCACUCACUAUAGAUGUGCCUUGACUUAUAAGGGGUAUGCAUCCUGAUAAAAACAUCAUUGACAAUAUCAUCAGUCGAAAAUGUAUAUAAGGUGGGUGUGAUGGCCCACACCUGUAAAUACCUGUGAACUGUCUUUGAAAAAAAUCUAUAUUUGCACUGUUUCCCAAAAUGAGUAGAUAAUUCAGGGGUCCACAGAUACCCUGAAAUUCCUUCAUUGGCCCCUGAAUGGAGCAGAGCACCUCAGUUGUCUUCUUUGGCACAAAAUGUCCACCCUGCAAUACCAUGGUCAUUAAGACGCCAGAGAACUGGUGUCGCCUCACAGAUUUGUAGAAAACCUCUAAGUACAGCUAGGAAAGCCUCCUGCCCAGAAUGUGAAAUUAUGACCAUUCCCAUGUUUAUCCCACUUCAUGACACUAAACUGAUAUGUACAUGAGGUAAUUGUUUAUAUUUUACAGUGUAACUUUAUGAUUGCCACUCAUUUACUCAUUUGGAACAUGUAGGGAUGACAGGCUAAUUUAAAUGAGGACAAAUUUGACUUAAUCAAAUUUGUGUGUGUGUGUUUUAAGUCAAGUUUCUUUUCAAGUGUGUGCAGUAAUGAGAUAUGGUGUAUGUGUGCCAAUGAUGAUAAUAACAGCCAACCCUUUUAUACAUAGAUUUCUUUUGGAGCAGGAUGUUUUUACACUCUAAACAUAUUUCUUAUUUCUGUAUUAAUUACUGGUGUACAAAAAGUGCUAUAAAGUAGUCAAGAAAACAGUCUGUUCCUUGAAGGGGAUUAAAACGUUCCUUCAGCAAAUGUGUUCUGAUUCUAAAUUUGAUUACUAAACUGUUUUCUAGAGACCAUACCAGGGAAUACUUAAUGCUGGCCAUGAAUUAGAGGGUUGGAGUUGACAAAUUUGAAAAAUUAAAAACAAUAACAAGUAAUCAAACAACAAUAUUCUGUUGUGGUGACUGUCUCUGCGUUGAAUCCUUACAGAACAGAAAGAGGACAGCUGACACGGUGAGCUCACUGCAGUGUUCAGUCUGAGUUGGCCAGCGCAUGCAGGGGCUCAGGACGAAGCCACCAUAGUUUCCACUGUGAAUCCGUCACUGACGCUCCCCAGAGAAGAGUCAGCUUUGCACCUAUGAUGUCCCUGGGGAGUUCCUUGCUACUGUCCUCCUUGGGGCCCAGCAGGCCUUGAAGGGCCACGAGUCUGGUUUCCUGUGUGGAGACUCCUGUGGUCCACUUCAUAUGCACCCCAGCACCCCCAUCAGCUCCCUCUUCUCCUUCACCAGCCCUGCAGUGAAGAGACUGCUCGGCUGGAAGCAAGGAGAUGAGGAGGAGAAGUGGGCUGAGAAGGCAGUCGACUCUUUAGUGAAGAAACUAAAGAAGAAGAAAGGGGCCAUGGACGAGCUAGAGAGGGCCCUCAGCUGUCCAGGGCAGCCCAGCAAAUGUGUCACCAUACCUAGGUCCCUGGACGGGCGUCUGCAAGUGUCCCACCGCAAGGGUCUGCCCCAUGUUAUUUACUGCCGAGUGUGGCGAUGGCCGGACCUGCAGUCACACCAUGAGCUGAAGCCCCUGGAGUGCUGUGAGUUCCCAUUUGGCUCUAAGCAGAAAGAGGUGUGCAUCAACCCUUACCACUAUUGCCGCGUGGAGACCCCAGUGCUGCCUCCUGUACUCGUGCCCAGACACAGCGAAUAUAACCCCCAGCUCAGCCUCCUGGCCAAGUUCCGCAGCGCCUCCCUGCACAGCGAGCCACUCAUGCCGCACAAUGCCACUUACCCCGACUCCUUCCAGCAGCCUCCAUGUCCUGUGCUCCCUCUCUCGCCUGGCCACAUGUUCUCUCAGUCCCCGUGCUCAGCCAGCUACCCCCACUCCCCAGGAAGCCCUGCUGAGCCAGAGAGUCCCUAUCAACACUCAGACUUCCGGCCAGUUUGUUACGAGGAACCCCAGCACUGGUGCUCGGUCGCCUACUAUGAACUGAACAAUCGAGUUGGGGAGACGUUCCAGGCUUCCUCCCGAAGCGUGCUCAUAGAUGGAUUCACUGAUCCUUCAAAUAACAGGAACAGGUUCUGCCUAGGACUUCUUUCAAAUGUAAACAGAAACUCGACCAUAGAAAAUACUAGAAGACACAUAGGAAAGGGUGUGCACUUGUACUACGUUGGGGGAGAGGUGUAUGCCGAGUGUGUGAGUGACAGCAGCAUCUUUGUGCAGAGCCGGAACUGCAACUAUCAACACGGCUUCCACCCAGCCACCGUCUGCAAGAUCCCCAGCGGCUGCAGCCUCAAGGUCUUCAACAACCAGCUCUUUGCUCAGCUCCUGGCCCAGUCAGUUCACCAUGGCUUUGAAGUGGUUUAUGAAUUAACUAAGAUGUGCACUAUCCGCAUGAGUUUUGUUAAGGGCUGGGGAGCUGAGUAUCAUCGCCAGGAUGUCACGAGCACCCCCUGCUGGAUUGAGAUUCACCUUCACGGACCGCUGCAGUGGUUGGACAAAGUCCUGACUCAGAUGGGCUCUCCACACAACCCCAUUUCUUCAGUGUCUUAACAGCUGUGUCUGAAGCUGCAUUUCUAUAGAACAGAUGCUGUUGCAGGCAGUUUCUUAUAUCAUUUCAGAUUUGCAAGUAGCUCAAGUUUCUAAAUACCUGUGUAAAUAUAUAUAAUGUAUACUGUUCAUAUUUUUUACCACCUUUUGUUUUGUGCUACCUAGUUAACCUGGGGCCAGUACAGAGUGAUUGGAAGAGCAGGGUUUUCAAGCCUAUGCUAUAGUAAACCGCUACUUUUGUGGGAGGAAAUGAAUGAAAGGCAGCAGCAAAAAUGAUAUGUGAAGGGUGUCAGCGGAGUCAAAGCCGCUGUAAUUGGCAUGUCAUAUCCAGCAUGUGCGGCCUAGCAGAAACGUGGAAGCUGUUCAUAUUGCAAAAAUCAGGUAGUAGAGGCACUAGAGAAAAUAAUAUUUUCACCCAAAACAAAGCAAUCAAACCCAUACAGUUUAAAUGAUGUCACUUUUAGUGCUAAUAGCAAGGCAGGGAAAUCAAGCUUCUACAAUGAAUUAUGUGAGAUAAACCACAGAAACUUUAUUUCUGUUUUUUUUUUGGUACUGGGGAUCGAACUCAGGUCCUUGCACUUGUGAGGCAGGUGGCAGAACCACUGAGCUAAAUCCCCAGCCAGAAACUGUAUUUCUGAAGUUGAAAUAUACUGUAGUUGAACUACUGUGCUAUUAUCAAUGGUACAUUUAAAACAUUUAAACUGUGAAGAGUCAUGUUGCCUCAAUCUACCACUGUAAAAGUGAGUCUAAUAAGAGAAAAUAAAUAUGAAAAUAGAAUGAAAUGAGCCAUAAUCCCAAAUGAUAAGGUCAGUUCAGAAUUUAGUCUAAGAGCCACCCAGGGAGGCUACUGCUUUCCACAUUGGAAAACAGGUUCUGUUCUCCAAGGUUAUAUUGUCAGACAACCCUGCAGAUUGCUGCAUCUGCACAGAGUGUUCAACACUAGGUGUGAGUCCUGUGCAGGGAGGAAGCAGUGAGAUAAAAGGGUUGGGCAAAACAUCACACAUUUACUUACACCUUCUCACAUUCCCACAUUCAAGCUCCAGUCAGGGCAACCCCUGUGCCACAGUUUCCUGCCUUUGAAUAUUAACUAUUUACAGAUUUUUAAAAUAAUAAUAAAGCUUUUGGGAAAAUCUAGACAUAUUGUUGGAUCAAAUUUAUGAAUUAAUUAACUUAGUGUCUCUAUUGGUUAAAUUAUUGACUGGUUAAAUCUGGUAGUCUCUUUUAAAGCUAAACUCUCCUGAAGUAGAAUGAUAAUAAUUUCAUAUUCCCUAUAAUCUGGGAGAAGCAGUGGUACCAAAUAACAGCACAUCUUUUUAAAACAUGCAUAAUAUUAAAAAGCUGUUCUGUUUUUCUUUGGAUGAUAAAGGGAAAUCCCAGAAAUUUCUAGGUACUUGCUGCCCACUAAACACUGCAUAGCUUGAAAAGAUAUUUCACACCCUCUUAAAAAUAUAUAAUUUAAGAUGGAAGUUACACUUCUAACAGACAGUACUUCAGUAAUCCAAGAGGCUUCUUCAUUUAUACCUUCUAGCUAGCAUUAGAGCACAUGUAGUUGUUUCUCAUCAGACUAUAUUCAAGUUAGAAAGGAUCAUGUGAAAAAGAUAUAUGAGUGAGCUACUACUGUCACCUCUUGUAAAGACUAGUGUUCUCUAAUAGAAACUUUCAUAUAUAUAAUAGAAAAUAAUUACUACUUUUUUACAUUAAAACUAGGCAGCCCACUUAGUGUUUAGAAAAACCCACAGUUUACUGGUUCAUCAGCUAUGUGAUGUGCACUUGUGUGUGCCAGGUACAGUGUUAGGUACCACGGAAUCAGUUGGAAAUGACGGCCCCAGCACUAAUGGGGCAGAAUCUAACAGUGAACCCCGCUUGUCUUGUAUAAACAUCUUUGUGUUUCGGAACUUUGAAAACAAAAUAUGUAAACUUUCUUUUGCUUGAAAAAUGUCAUUGAUUUUUAAGCAUCUCUAUUUUUAAAUUUUAUUUCCCUUCUGUUCUGACUCCUUGGAUAAAUGCUACUUUUCUUCCAUGUCUCAGAGUUUGUUUUUCCCCCAUCCUUGCUUCCUCACUUUCUAAUAAUUCCCUGUCUCCCCUUUUCUUGGAAAAGUCAUUAAUCUGGUGAGUCUCAUAUGAAUACCAUUCCGUGGGAGUUUCAAGUACACACAGCUUUUGCUCCAGAGCCCAACAGCAGCUUGUUGAUCCUCUCCACAAGCUGUCAAACUCAUCCUCUGGGAAUCUUAUACCUUUAUAGAAUCAGUCAGAAGUUGUGGCUUAUAAAUGAUAUUUAAAACAACAACUACAGUUUAAAAAACACAUAGGUUUCAGUGUAACUGUAAAACCAUGAGAAAUUAGCUAGUGUGCCUGAAUUAUUUCGGUGAAAAAUAAGUUAUGAAAUGGCACGUGUCAUUAUCAGCAAUCAUGCCCCACCAAGCCCUGUGAAAUUUGGAGAAUUUAGAAUUGAUGGGAAGUAAGUCCUCUGGCUGUUGUAAAUAGCCACUUUUUCCUCCUGAUACUGAGAAUUGAACCUAGGGCUUCAUACAUGCUAGGUGAGUGCUGUGCCACUGAGCUAUACUCCCAGCCCGUAUGAACACAUUUCAAUCAGCUUUUUUUUUUUCUUUUGCUGCUAAGAAUUCUCAAAGCUUGUAAUGGAGUAUUUUAUUUAGAUUUCAAAGUGUGGUCAUUUAGCAUUCAUUCCAUGAGGUAGACAAGCUGAAAACUUGAAUAGCAGCCUUUCACAGGAACACAAACAAAGCGGACAGGGUAGGCCAUUGAAUGCAUCAGCACUGCUAACGUGUUUCAGGUUGCCAUGACAAGAAUCAUGGAGCUGAGAGCAGCCACAAUUUGGCCUGCUCACAAGAACCAGAAGAUUGUUCAUGUUGUUCAAGUCAGUAUUUUUUUUUUUAGUAUUAAAAAAAUGAGAUGUGAAAAUUUUGUUUUUGUUAGAUGACAUGUUGAUAGCUGCUAGUGCUUUGCAACCAAAAAGAUGUCACUUUUUAAAACAUACUUUUAUGUUUUGCUUUGCUUUGUUUUUAUACUCAGUAUAAAUCAGGAAAAGUUGGCCAAUUACCUAGCCUUUAGCAUAGUCUUUGUGUUUUCUUCUAAGGAUAUGGAUAUCCCAUAACAGCAACAAAACAUCAAUAAUAAAACCAUUUUAUAAAUAUCACUUGCUUCUUAAGCUCCUGCUUAACUUUGAAUGUGUCUCAAAUAUUUGCUACGUAUAUUCAAUAAAGCAUGCAAAACAUAACAUGCAUUCCAAAUUGUCUUCCCUGUUAUGAUUUAACAGCUAAACUGUACAAGCUUAGGUGAUCCUGGCAUAUAUUAAAGAUAAAUUCAAAUGAAUGUAUAACACACAAAAAAGGAGAAACCCUAUUUGAAUGAAGUAAUGCUUUUGAUGAUAAUAACCUUGGCUUCAGAUAUCCUUCAAAUGCACAGUUACACUGUAUUCUGAUUGUUUAUAAUAAAGAAUACCGUACACUGG